CAGCGAAGAAUGACUUGUCGAAUUGACGUCCAUUUAACUGAAAUACUAAGUUGGAGACAUGGUCUCCGAAUACCCUUCGAGCUGCGGGAUUGUGCGAAGAUCAUUUUGUUGUGAUGUCCUUUAAAAACUCACAAAAAAUAAAAUUGCGUAGAGAUGCCGUACCAAUUCCGUACGACAAAGAUGCCUCUUCUGCACAUAAAGAUAAUAUAGAAAUAAGAGAGGUACAAAGGGACGUUGCAGAAUUAUCUUUAUCCAAUCACCAAAAUAUUAUAUUAGAAAAAGAAGAACUUCAACAGUCUGCAGUACGAACAUAUGGAUCUGGAACUGUACUUUUCGACAUUACUGCAGAAGAGGAAGAUGUCAUGGAAUGGAUGCAUUUGGAACCAGAACCACACACACGUGAGAAUGUGAAACGUUUAUGUAAUCAAGAUUCAGUGGAACAUUUGUUUUCAAAACUUCGACAACGCGGAAGAUUUAAUCCUAAUCCAACC